UCAUAUUUUGUAUAUUCUUGUUGUGGAAUGGUGUAUUUCCUGCAGAUGUACAAAGCGUCGAAAUUCCGCCAUUAUUUCCUAAUUUUACUUUCGCACGUCAAUUAGAAGUAGAAGAUGAACCCAAUCCGAUAAUGAAUCGAACGACUACACCUGGGAGAAAGAAAGUAACAAUCACCUUUACUCGAGGGGUUUGUGAUUUUUCCCUUUAUGAUGGCGAAGGAAACUUCACCACUUACGGAUAUCCACUGCAAUAUAGAAACAAUAUGGACUGCGCGUACAGAAUUAAAAGAGUGGACGAAUCAUGCCAAAUUCAAUUAACUUUUCAUGAUUUCGACGUUAAGAGUAAUGAUGAUGACACGUGUUCUAAUGACUUUUUAAUAAUUGCUGGAGAACGAUAUUGUGGAAGUGAAUGGAAAGGGAGAACAGUAAGUGUUAAUUUCUCUCCGGAAUUGGAAGAAUUAACUCUACAUUUUCAUACCGAUUCUACCGGUUCUGGAAGGGGAUUCUGGAUCGAAGCUAGAAAAUAUCCGGGGAUAUGUAAUUCUAUGAGUAAAGAAGAAGAAACGACUUGCGACACGCAAUAUGAUGAAGAAGAAUUCACUCUGACUAGUCCAAAAUAUCCGAAAGAUUACGGAAAUUUAGAAGAAUGUCGUUAUUUAAUCAAAAGAAGAGCAGAAGACGUCUGUGGAUUAGAAAUUACUUUCCUUCAUUUUGAUCUGGAACCAAGCGAUGGAUGCAUCUAUGAUUUUUUAGACGUUGGAGGAAAGAAAUUGUGCGGAACCAUUUCACCUGAUGCAGUCAGAGUAUUUAUGUUUAACGUACCUGAAAUGGUGAUGAGAUUCAUCACUGACGAUCAGACUACCAGGCCUGGAUUCAAUAUUCGCGUCAGACAAGUAACUGAUUGUUCUCCUGCAACUAUGAUUCCGGGCCAAGUAUCGUGUGACGUGUGUACAGAACAAAUUACAGACGAAAUAAUAAGUUACGAUUAUCCAAAAAAUUAUCAUAAUAAUUUGGCAUGUACUUAUUCAGUGGAUCGACACGAUGAUCAAUACUGUAGAGUAGAGUUAGACUUUACGGAUUUCUUUUUGGAUUACAGCGUGGAUUGUGUUAAAGAUUAUCUAGAAAUUAAUGAAAGGAGAUACUGCGGGAGUUCAUUAAAAGGAAAAAAGAAAUUUCUUGCGUUUGAUACGAACGGAAGCGUCGUGAUGAAUUUUAAAUCAGACGGAACAAUUACCAGAAAAGGGUUUAGGAUAAAAGUACGACAGAUACCCUGUCCACGUCUUUUGCCAACUCAACCAGAAAAGCAAUCAUGCGAUCAUAUGUAUGCCCAAGAGACGUUUUACAUUCAAACUCCUAAUUAUCCAGCGGAUUAUAGUCGAGACAUGAAUUGUCGAUACAUUAUUCGACGAUUAGAUAAUAAUGUUUGUCAGUUGAAUAUUACAUUUAUUGCUUUUGACGUCGAAUAUAGUCCAAAUUGCGAAAGAGAUUAUUUAGAGAUUGAAAAUGAGAAAUUAUGUGGAGUGAUAACACCUAACAGCAUACGGCUCUUUGAUCUUCACGAUCAAGAAAAAAUACUUAACUUUCGAUCCGAUUUUAGUAGAACACGUCCCGGUUUUUUCAUUCGAGUAACUCAAAAAAAUUGUGAACCGAAGUCUCGAGCCAUUAGUCAUACAUCUAAUAUUUGCGAUCGAAUAUUUACUAGUCAAGAAUUCGAAAUUAAGUCUUUAACCUAUCCUAAAGGGGAUGAUCGAGCCAUGGAUUGUAGAUACACUAUAAGGAGAACCAGCAAUAGAAUUUGCCAACUACAGCUAAACUUCUUAGAUUUCGAAGUAGAAUCUGGAGAUGAUUGUCGUCACGCUUAUUUUGAAGUUGAUGGCAGGAGAAUGUGUGGAAAAUUCUCCGGUGGAGCUAUAAGGUCUUAUCAGUUCCAUAAACCAGUGAAAAUUCUUCGAUACAGAACAGAUGGAAGCGCUACUCAGCGUGGUUUCCAUAUUUUAGCUCGACAAAUGGAAUGCCUAUUGGCAGCAAGAGGUCCAAGACCCUGCGAUCGCACCUUUCUCGGUCCUCAAUUUGUGUUGACGAGUGAAAAUUAUCCAGAUAAUUACGACGAUGAUUUAGAUUGUCGUUAUACAGUUCGUCGUUAUAGUGACAGCGUAUGUCGAAUGGAAUUGACCAUUACUAGUUUUGAACUCCAAGAAAGCGAAGAUUGCCAAAAUGAUUAUUUAGAAGUUGAAGGAGAGAAGAUAUGUGGAAACAUUCCCGAUAAUACUGUUAGAACAUACGACUUCCGAGAAGAAGAAAAAACAAUUGCAUUUCACUCGGAUUCCUCUGUCACUGGCAAAGGAUUUGAAAUUUUAAUUAAACAAAAAGAAUGUGAACCAUUGACUACAGAAACUACCACUUUGGCUCGAGUUCAAUGCGACGAGGAAUUCACCGAAACCGAAUUCGAUUUAAAUAGUCCGAAUUAUCCCGAAGAAUAUGCAACUAAUUUAAAUUGUUUGUAUACUAUAAAAAGAUCUAACACGUCUAUAUGCCGAUUAGAAAUGAUGAUUUUGUCAUUUGAUGUGGAAUCGAGUAGUGGAUGCGAAUACGAUUAUCUGGAAAUUGACGGUGAACGAUUGUGCGGAACAUUAGAAAAUGUAACAAGAACUUAUAGCUUUCGAGAUUUCCAGAAAACACUUCGAUUUAAGACCGAUUCUGCUACAACCAGAUCUGGAUUUAAAAUCCGACUGAAGCAAAUCGAUUGCGAAGCUCAAGCCAGUAGUACUCCUCGUCAAUGCGAUCGAGUGAACACAGGGCUACAAUUCGAAAUUAGGAGCGAAAAUUACCCACAAGAUUAUGAUCAUAAUUUAGAUUGUAUGUAUACCGUACAUCGCGUCAGCAACGAAAUCUGCCAAUUGGAGUUAAUGUUCUUAAAGUUUGAUAUCGAGAGUAGCGAUGAUUGUAAAACCGAUUAUUUGGAAGUUGAUAAUCAAAAAUUAUGCGGUGUUCUUCCCGAAAAUAUGAGAAGAGUUAUAGAAUUUACUACCGACGUCAAAACGUUCCAUUUUCAUUCGGAUAGUACCACUUCUCGCCCCGGUUUUGAUAUAAGAGUAACACAAGUAGAAUGUCCAGAAGUUACUUCUACGACAGAAGUUCCAGCAUCAGUUUGUGAACAUAGAUUUUCAGAUUCGAGUGGAACCUUUGAAAGUUUGGGUUAUCCAAGUGAUUACUUAAAUAACGUGAGAUGUACCUAUACAUUUUUAGCUCAAGAAAAUAAUUGCCGAUUAGAAUUGACGUUUCCUCAGUUUCGCCUAGAACCUUCCAAUACAAUUUGCGAACAUGAUUUUCUAGAAAUGAAUGGCGUUAGAUACUGCGGUCGGCAAUUAGAAGGACAAACUAGAACUGUAUCCUUCCAUGGAAAUCCUCCUCAAGUUAAGAUCCAGUUUCAAAGCAAUGAUCGAGUAACGGAAUUGGGAUUUCAAGCAAAUUUUCAACAGUUACCUUGCGUGCAGUCACAAGCUUUAAAAACGACAACGCCAAAGCCAUCAAAAUCUCCUUAUCCCACGAUUAAUUGUGAUCGAUUAUACGCUUCCUUAGAUUUUGAAAUUAGAAGUCCAGGCUAUCCUAACACUUACACAAAUAAUCUCAAUUGUCGUUAUACCGUUCAUCGCCUAAGCAACAGAAUCUGUGAACUGAGAUUAAAUUUCAUUAUGUUUGACGUCGAAUCGAGCACGGGGUGUGAAUACGAUUAUUUCGAAGUAGAAGGUGAAAAAUUAUGUGGAACGAUGCCAGGAAAUAGCAUUCGUGAAAUGGAAUUUCGCGAUUAUCAAAUUGAACUUAAAUUUCACUCCGAUCCAGCAAAUACUAGACCAGGAUUCUUGAUUCAAGCAACACAAUUAGACUGUAUGAGAGAGUCGCCUUUUCGUCCAUAUGACAGGAAACCACACCCUCAGUAUCCUCCGCCUUCUUUUCCAUCCAAACAUCCACCGUCUUCGUUUCAUCUUCCUUCAAAACCUUAUCCGGACAGAAUGCCUCCCUAUCUACCGAAGACGCAUCCUCGCUAUCCUCCAAUGCUUCCACCAAAAACGCAUCCCCGUUAUCCCCCUAUGCCUCCUCAUCCUCAUCAUCCUCCUCCUCAUCUGCCUCCUCCUCCUGGUGUACCCACUAAUUGCGAUCAAAUAUUCACUCAAAACGAUUUCGAAUUUAGGAGCGUCAAUUUUCCAGAUUUUUAUCCAAAUGGCAUUCAUUGCCGAUACACCAUAAGAAGAACGAAUGACGGAAUUUGCAGAUUAGAAUUAAAAUUUGUAAAAUUUGAAGUGGAAUCUAGUCCAAAUUGCCUUUAUGAUUAUCUUAGUAUUGAUGGUAUCAGAAUAUGUGGAAAUAUCGAAGAUAAUGACGUAGCUACGUAUAAAUUUAAUACCCCAGAAAAACUGAUUUAUUUCCAGUCUGAUUCGGUAUCUCCAUCUCGGGGCUUUCUCAUCAAAGGACAUCAGAAACCAUGCACUGGAAAAUCCCCUCAUAUUCCUACUGUACCUCCAAGUGCCACGCAGUGUGAUGCCACAUUUAAUCAAGAAUCGUUCACUAUUAAGAGUCCUAAUUAUCCGGAUAAUUAUCCGACGGAUAUUUCUUGUAAAUAUACUGUAAAAAGAUUUAAUGAUGCUGUUUGUGCGCUAGAAGUAACGUUUCUCGGUUUCGAUUUGGAGGAAGAAGCUUCGUGUAGAUACGAUUAUUUGGAUUUUGAUGGAAAACCUAUUUGUGGCCACAUAACAUCAAAUACAAUUCGUCGUUAUAACUUCGGUCUUCGGUCUGUUGAUAAAGAAAUUAUAUUUCGAUCGGACAGAGCAGCAACUAGGUCCGGUUUUCACAUUCAAGUUCGACAACAAACGGAUUGUGCUCCUAAAUGGAAACCAGUUACUCCUCCUCCUCCUCUUUGCGAUUACUGUUUGAAAGAAGAACGAGGUCACAUCACCAGUCUGAAUUAUCCACGCGAUUAUGCCGAUAAUCUUCGUUGUUCUUAUAAAAUUGAAAGAGUAAACAGAUAUUGUGGUUUAGAAAUGUACUUUCACGAAUUCGAAAUAGAAAGUUCUGUUGGAUGUAGAAAGGACUAUAUUUUAAUUAAUGGAAAUAGAUAUUGUGGUUCCGAACUCAAACAACAAGUCAAGGAACUAUCCUUUCCAAAUAAAUUUCCAUUCGAGAUAAAAUUAACUUUUAAUACAGACAAAAGUAUAACUAGAUCUGGUUUCCACGUAGAAUAUCGCCAAAUACCCUGUCAACAAAUGCCUUGGUUAAAACCUUUUGAAAGUUUAACUCCUCGACAAGGAAGAAUGGCAUUACACAACAGGACAAUAAUUAAGAUUGAAAAACAAAAUGAAGCUUUAAUGUAUUUUAACAGCACAAUAGAAAACUCUACCACUACCAUUUCAUCUAUCACGGAGAACACUGAAAAUGUUAAUAAACAGUAACAAGAUCGUAAGAGUAUGAAAUGACAAUCUUCAAAAUAAGAAAAUAUGGUUUGAUAUAAAUAUAAUCGGGAAUAUUUACAUGGUUCAGAGGAUGAUCAAAAAAA